UCUUGAUAGAUGUGUGGGCACAGAACUAAAAGCUAUAAAGAAAAUGGAGACCAACACUACGAAUCGAAACGCAUAUCCCGAGACGCACUGGAAGACCUUCUCGUUGUGACCAAAAUAAUCCUCCCAUUAUGCGCUCCUCGGGCCUGUUUACGGUCGCCACCGUCUCUGGCAUGUCCCUGGCCGCCACUGUCAGGACAAUCCACCAAUUUCCAAACCCUACCUGGGUUGAAAAUGUUGCCUCGACUCGCAAUGGAUCCCUUCUUGUCGGCAUCUUGGGUCAGGUCCCAGCCCAGCUGCACAUCCUCGACCCCUUCUCCAACACCACUCAAGACACCCUGCUCCACACCUUUGCCCCCUCCAACUCCAUCUUCGGCAUAACCGAGUACGAAACCGAUGUUUUCGCCGUCGCAGCCGGCAACUUCAGCUUCACGACGGCCAACGGCACCGGCGACGCAAACAUCUGGUCUGUCGACCUACGCAGCGGGACCACCAAAUCCAGCAUCAAGGUACACAAACUUGUGCAUCUCCCCGACGCACAGAUCAACGGAAUCGCAGCACUAAACAGCAAAGCCCUCCUCUUCGCCGACAGCUGGGCCGGCAACAUCCGCAGAGUGGACAUCAAGACGGGCAAACACGAAGUCGUCCUCGAGGAUGCCACGACGGCGAACAACGUCUCCUCGCCGCUACCCCUCGGCGCAAACGGGCUCAAGAUCCUGCGCCCGAACGCCGUCCCGUCGUCCAGAGACACGCCAACGCUCUACUUCUCGAACCUGCAGCUCUCCAAAAUGUAUAGCGUGCCGAUUGAUGGGAACACGGGUCGUCCCCAGGGGCGCGUUACCACGCUGGCGAGCGGGCUGGGCAGCGUCAUUGACGACCUCGCUGUCACGGAUGACGGGACCGUGUUUCUGACGCGGGAUGCGGCGAACGAUGUGGUAAGGAUUAGUGGGGAUGGGGAGGCGGCUACACUGGGUGGGGGGAAUGCGACGGUUUUGGGGCCCACUGCGGCGGCGCUGGGACGGACGUAUCGCGACAGGGGCGUGCUGUAUGUGAGUGCGAUGGGUGGGCAGCAGGCAGAUGGAACGUUCACCGAGGGAGGGAGGGUUGUGGCCAUUGAUCUGGAUGCUUGAGGGCAUGGGUAGAUGGGCUGGCUGGCAUGCACGACGCCGGACUAAGUUUCAUUGGGUUCUUUGAUAGAUUGAUGCCACAGAAAUCACCCUUGAAUAGUGUCCAUCUAGGGUUGAUCUCUUAGGGUUGUUCGUUGAGAAUCGUAUAUCCGAAAAUGUAUAGGCA